CGAACAGUUGCUACGUCCCUGGGACGCCACUUAUAAUUAAAGUUCGUACAUGCGCCUGUUCUUGUUAUAAUUAAAAUCAUGGCUUCUUUUGGGAAUAAAAAAUCAGUUAGAAAGAAAACUACAAAAAAUAAGAAUACUGGCGAAAUGAAAAACAUAAUGAAAGAUUGGCACAGCGCUGUCUAUCAUAAAUCUGUAUUCAGUCUUUCAUCUGAAUUAGAAACAAAGGAAACAAAACAAGAAAACCAAGAGACAAUGUGUAGAAUAUGCCAAUCACUGGAUGAUUCAAUUGAUAACCAACAAGUAACACCAUGUGCAUGUAGUGGCUCAUUACGUUAUGUGCAUAUGAUGUGUUUGCAACAGUGGAGAAAAAUAAAGCAAGCAAAAGGUUGUGAUGUAUCAAUAUGUGAGUUAUGCAAGCAACCUUACAACAUUGAGUUGCUUGGAUCAAGUGACGUACCACCAGAUCAUAUUAUGAAGCUCCAAGAAGAUUUGCGUCAACUUGUAAAGUCGGGGGUUUACCUAAUGUUAAUGAUGAGGUCAUUGAAGAAUGAUGUCAUCAGCGCUCAAGCAGAUCUUCGUAUGAUGUCAUCGGAUGAUAUGACAUCAUCAGAUGUUGUGACAUCAUCAACAAACGAGGAAAACCAAAGAAAAAAUCACCCCGGGAAUUUAAGAAGAAACAACACAGACUCUCCACAAUCUUCAGAUAAUGAAGACAACCAAGAAUAUAUUUCCCGUCAAACUAUUAAACAAAGAAGUAAGAAAUGUUCAAGGAAAGGCAACUGACUUUAUAACGUCAUGAUUGGAAUCUUCGGUGGCAAAAAUGAAUGUUUCGGAUUUCAAUUAGAAAUAUGUGGCACACAUUAUACCUAGUAUAUAAACGUAACAAUACUAACAUAUUUACACGGUAGUGGAAAAUAUCAUACAGUAUAACGAAAAGUUUUUUCGC